AUGCAACCAGUAGCUAAAGGUAUUGAUAUACUAGAAGAUACUUAUCUGUCUGGAAGUGUUCAAGAAUUAAAAUAUUGUCCACCUUUAAAAGAUGCUAUAUUAGCUAAUCCACCUAAAUAUUUUGAAGAGUUGUAUAAUGAAAUUGGAUUUAAUAUCCAAAAAAUUCAAAAUAAAAUUUAUCAUCUAAAUUCAUUAACCAAAUUUAGCCAUAAUCUAUUGGUAAACAAUACAAAUCAAAUCAUUCCUAUUCAAAAUGAAAUUAAUGCCAUUGUUAAGUUUAAUACUGAUCUUCUAAAUCUAUUGACCCAGCAUAAUUCCGAACUUAACAAAAUUGAAAAGUUAAAAUUAAGCAAAAUCACAAAUGAAUUUCACGAAAUAUUGAAAGUAUAUAGUAAUCUUCAGUCUAGAGUAUUUCAGCAAAAUUAUUACAAUUUAAUAGAUGAAAAGUCAAAUUAUACAGAUGAACACACCCCUCUAUUAGCGAAACAACCUCAUAUUUAUAAACAAAUAGUUACCGAGGAAAGGCUUAAAAGGGAAGACAUACUUAACAAAAGAUACGAAGAAACUUUGGACACUUAUUCUCAAGUAAGGGAACUCGAAAGUCAGAUCUUAGACGUCAAUCAAAUAUUCAGGGAUUUGGGAUUCUUGGUUAAAGAGCAAGGCGAUACUAUUGACAGCAUAGAGUCACAUUUAGAUAAUGUUGUUAUAAACGUUGAAACCGCUAAUACUCAAUUGUCGAGCGCCAUUAAAUACAACACCUGCAUAGAUACGGAUUGCAUGACCCUGUCUAAUUUUUAUGAAAAAAAUUCAGCCCGGAAAUAAUUUAAAAACUAAUUGUUAAGUAUUUACCGAUAUUUUUUAUCGGAUAUAUCAGCCAAUAUUAUAAAAUUUUUCGAUACGAUAA